GGGUUCCAUGACGGCCGGAUUUUCAGCUGCCCUCGAAGCAAAUCAUGCAGCCGACACAGCCCAUGAAGACCACCGAUGCUUUCAGGCUCGGGCGUGAACUAUGCUGCCUGUUCUGCUGCCCGCCGUUCCCCGCUCGCAUCGCCGCCAAGCUCGCUUUCCUGCCGCCGGAACCGACCUACUCGUUGGUUCCGGACGAGACCGGCACCAAGUACACGCUGAGCCUGACCGAGCGCGCCGAGUGGCAGUACUCGCAGCGGGAGCUGGAGGCCGUCGAGGUCUUCUACACGCGCACGUCCAGGGGCAACCGGAUGGCCUGCAUGUUUGUGCGCUGCUCGCCGAGCGCCCGCUUCACGUUGCUCUUCAGCCACGGCAACGCCAUUGACCUGGGCCAGAUGAGCAGCUUCUACCUGGGGCUGGGCUCGCGCAUCAACUGCAACAUCUUCAGCUACGACUACUCGGGCUACGGCGUGAGCACGGGCAAGCCGUCCGAGAAAAACCUGUACGCGGACAUCGACGCCGCCUGGCAGGCGCUGCGCACCCGGUACGGCAUCAGCCCCGAGAACAUCAUCUUGUACGGACAGAGCAUCGGAACGGUGCCCACCGUGGACCUAGCGUCGAGGUACGAGGUGGGCGCAGUGAUUCUGCACUCGCCGCUCAUGUCCGGUAUGAGAGUGGCUUUUCCGAACACCAAGCGCACCUGGUUCUUCGACGCCUUCCCGAGCAUCGACAAGAUCCCCAAGGUGUCGUCCCCAGUGCUGGUGAUCCACGGCACGGAGGACGAGGUGAUCGACUUCUCGCACGGCCUGGCCAUCUACGAGCGCUGUCCCCGGGCGGUGGAGCCACUCUGGGUCGACGGAGCAGGCCACAACGACGUGGAGCUGUACGGCCAGUACCUGGAACGCCUCAAGCAGUUUGUCUCCGUCGAACUGCUCAACUGACACAUGGCUCAAGCUCCCGUGGAGCAACCACCGCCGGCGCAGCCCUGAACUUUCCUCACAGACCAAUCCCACGACGACCGUCACCACAACGACCGUCGCCACGAAGACGACCCCACCAGACACUGCCCAGGCGCGGUGCGUGCGGACCGGUGCAGUCUGAAAAACAGGGUCGGGGAGUUCGGAAGAUGUUCCCAAGCCGCGGGACCGGUUCAAGAACCAAAACUCCAUGAGGGGCCGAGUCCGCCAAAGAAUAGCGGAACGAAUUCCGGCAGAGUUUUCGAGGUGGCCGUUGCGGAUGGCUCGAUUUGGAGACCCCAGAGAUGCACGCGACGGCGACUGGUUCCCGGUGUACGACCACACUGCGUCGAGAGAGGACCGGAAGUUCCGUGAGAGUGUGGCGCGUGCCGGGGACGGUGUGAAGGCAUCGAGUCCGUGGGUGUACAUAGGUGUAGAAAGUGGUGCCUCGGUUCACACUCGCCAGCCGUUUCCUCUUUGACCCCGGUUCGACCCUAGGCGCGGGGCGUCGUUUAGGAGUGUCUGCCUUCGUUUGUUCGCUCGAGUCUGGCACCGGCUCGCAGACACUGGCUUUCAAACCCUUCGCUUAAACUAAGUGCUUUUUGCUUUCUUUUUUUUCUUUUGUUAUUAUAUUUUGGGGGAUAUUGUUUUGAUUCCCUGGUAAAAAAAAAACACAGUAUUGGUCAAUUUGCAAAGAGCCCCGCCUGCCAUUUGCAUGGGAGCAAGGACGGGCAUCUUUUUGUUGCUCAGCGGUAUCACUUUUCGUAGCGACAUCCAUCGGUGCCGAUCUCUUUCUUUAGGUCCCUCCCCCCGUUCGCUUCGUUUAGGGACGGCAGCACACGCGAGUCGCGUCUCGCCGACGAAUUGUUGCCGUUGCGAGGCGACACAAUCUGCGGCGUCCAAUGCCUCACAGAGAACCGUUCUCAUACGAGCCAGGGAGCAAAAGUAGUCUCUUCAUAUUUCUUCCCCCUCGACACGGUAACGGAGGCAACGUCGCAGCGCGUGGCAUACAGCGAUGGGAGGCUUUUUUGGUGUCCGUGGCGAUUCUACUUGCAUCGUCAUGGGGGGAAGAUGCCUCCAAAUGCGCGUUACGUUCUCAUCCCUUCACUUGGCCUUCCCGUGCAAAUCUCCGAGACCGGUCGGCAUUACGGUUUUGGAGCGAGUGUCCGUGUGUAUGUAACCCUUGCGAGGGCCAGCCCGGCGUGUCUUAGCACCUCUUUGCGAGAAACACAGAGCGAGUGAACGCGAAGGUUUAUUUGUAAAGAUGUACAUAGAUGAGAUGCCUCACACAUACACACACACACACGCAAGAAAGGAAAAUGCGCCUUUUUGGCUCUCGAGGUAUGCAAGAUUUUUUUAGAUGUCUUUUUCUCCUUGUAUUGUCUCCCGUGGCCGCCGCGAUUGGCCCAUUUGAAUAAAAUGAUGCUCCAUUUGCAUACCACCUA